AUGGGUUGCCAAAUGCUCACAACUUGGCCAAAAUUGUGCCGUGGCGAGCCUCUCUUGGACCGCGAGUUCAUGUUCAGCCACGAGCCUGAAGUUGGUCAGAUGUGGCACGGUGGGAACAGAGUCAUGUCGCCGGAUACGCCUUACGCAGCAGCGUGCGCUCAGAACGCAAUCUACUUUAUCGAUCAGAGAUACGAUGUCGAGAGUGCUCUCCACAUCAAGGAACAACUGGAGAACCUGAUCGCGGACAAGAAUGGACAUUGGUUUAUCGAUGAAAUCGACGCCACUGCCGAAAGGAGAGACGCUGAUGGCAAAACCAUCUUCAAGUUCAACCCUGCCUAUGCUAGAGUCUUCUUUGCGGAAUCGAUGAACAGCAGGAACCCCAGUCUUAACUUGCCUGUCCAUGAGCCUGCGGGUGACUGGAUGGUGGUAUACGACACGAAGAAUGCUCAAGUUGGAGGCAAGGCGAAGCGUAUCGGUACAGGAAUCAACCCUCGAGAGAACGCCACAGUCACUCUUGACGACUUUCUUCAGAAGAGAGACGACUGUGAGGACCUUGGGUGUAACUCUAAUGAAGAGUGUCAUAACAAGGACCGCAAGUGCGACUCUUGCGAUAUGGGACGCCUCGACAAUCACUGCAGAGAUGGUGGACUUGUUAAUGCUGUGGGAAUUUGUGUCUCGGAGACUUGCAAGGCUGCAGUGGACACACCUCGAUUCGAGGGCGAGUCGGAUGCCGACUACUACCAGAGAAUGGACAAGCUCCACUGGCAUUAA